CACACUUGGUCCCGAGACGCCGUAUCCGUCGCGUACAGUAAUAACAUUAUCACCGCUCGCGGUCAUACAAUAAUAAGUUGAUAACCGAACGUUCGUAAUAAUAUACCUCAUACAGGCGUACGCCAUCCGGUAGCGCACCUCUGUACUUGGACGAUCUGUACGGGCACACGCGAGUUCGGAGAUUUUCAAAAAAAAUCUAUUAAGCACGAGCCGUUAGAAAAAAAAAAAAAAAAAAAAAAAACAAAACAAAACAAAACUCCGGAAACGAAUCGUCGAAUUAUUUUUCGCGAGAUAACUUUUACCGAAUUUACCAACCCGUCCUGUAUCAUCUUUAUGUGAUAAACCGCAGUAUUCGUAUUAUUAUUCUUUAUCUAAUAACGAACCAACUUCCGUAUAAAAUACAUCGGCUAUAAUACUAAUAUUUUACCUAACUAUUCUGACGAACCCGACUACGAACAAAAUGAUACGACUGUGAGUAUUUACCUAUAUAUAACUACCAACUACUACUAUUGUUUUUUUUUUUUUUUUUUUUACAUUUUCAGUGAAUAUAGAAAUUUAUUGGUUUGACUGUCAGCGUGCUUAUUUUUUGGUUCUGUUUGUAAACAAUUUUUACCAGAAAACAUGUUCCAGUCAAAUAAUGACAAAAACGGUUUUUUGUAGAAUUUUGUAUGGAUUUAAUAUUAAGGUGUAUUGGAGAGUUCAUUUUUUUUUGACUUUAUAUGUCGCAAUUGGGAAAAAUCGGAGAAAAAACGCGUAGGAAAAAUCGACAAAUUUACUUUGGGUAGUUAAAGAUUUUUUUAUUAUUUUCGAUUUUGUUUUCUACCAGAAAUCUUGUUUAGAAUUUCAAGAAUCGUCAAGCACUUUUUUUGACAGAAAAUGUCUAAUUGGUGCGAUGUCGUUUUUGAUUUUCUUUGUUGUUUUGUUGAAUUGGGUGAAACCGGAAAGAAACGUAGAAAAAAUGCAACAGUUUACGGCAUUAACGAUUUUUGUAAUUUGGUUUAAAAUAAUCGUAGAGACCUACGUAUUUUUAUAGAAAACGAAUAAUGAUCUUUUCUAGUCUUUGUACGAUUUUCAAAACAUUCUGUCGACUUUUUAGUUUUAUUCGAUUUUAUGUGGAAAAAUUGCUUGACCGAAUAAAAAUGCUUGCAAAUUUAAUACGAUGUUCAUUGUAAGUUGUACAUAGUGGAAAUGAUAAAAAAAAAAAUAAAAAAAGUUAAGCAUAUAAUGUAUUAAUGUACUAAAUCGAUUUUUACGAGAAUCGAAAAUAAUUUCAAAACAUGUUUAACCGAAUUUCACUCAGAAUCGUAUUUCGUCAGCAAUGACUUCUCGUUGCGUACAAAUAUGAAUUAAAUAACUAUAGUAUAUGUAUGUGUACAUAUAUAUUAAGAAACACAUUGUAAAUGCUAAAACUUUUAUUAAAAUUUUGUUUUCUAUCUGUGAACUUCUUUUCUACCAAAAAUCUUGCUCCAAUCAAAAAAUAGCAAGUGACUUUUUUGUUGAAAUUUGAUUUUUUAAGUUAUAUUGUGUCAAAUCUGAGUGUUACUGCUGGGUAGCUUCUUUCCUCGCUCCCUCAUGUCAUUAUAAUAUAUCUGAACGCUCAUAUGCUUAUUGUAUAUAACAUUACAGAUUAUAUGUAUAAAUGUUAAAAAAAAAAAGAUUGUGUCAAUAAUAUUUGGAAAUGUGAUUUUUCUGAAAAUAAAUAAAUAUCUUUAGUUAAACGUAUUAUUUUUAACAAUUUAACACACACACAAAUGUUUGCAUAACUGUCCGUGUUGUUCAGAGUACACAUUUAUUUGAUUAUUUAAAUUUACUUUGCCUUACCUAACUAUUUACCCGACAACUUCAAAGUCUAUAACUUUCUCAUUAAUCUAGUAUAAAAAACUCAUAAAGCAAAACAAUAUUUACCUAUAGUUAAUUAUCGUAACUGAAGUAAGAAAAUACUGUUGAUUUUAGAAUGGAGUGUUUUUUUUUUUUAAAUUUAUAUCAUUGAACGUAUAGUCGAAGAUUUUCAUUGACUUUAAAACAUUAUGUUUUAGCCUAAUAGUAUAACCCAAUCAUCACGUACAAAAUUAAAAAUUGAACGUUUUUUUAAAUGCCUAUAAUUUUUAGAGCGUAAACGUUAUUGACAUCUAUAUGACGCGUUACUUUUGUGUUACUAUUAUUAUUAUUUUGUUUAAAAUUUUAAAUUAAUUAAAAUUGAUGAAAACAUCAACUGCGAAAUGCACAUCCGCUUAAUUGGUUUAUAAAAGGGAGCACCACUUGAAAAAAUGCGUUGACCUUCGACGUUUUAAUAUUACGUUUUUUUUAUAUAACAACAAACGGUUGUAAAAUGUGUUCUAUAUUAAUAUUCAAAAUUCCGUUGACUUUUAUGAGUUGUGUUUGGAUUCGAAUAUUUAAAUCUUUUUUCGUUUUGAAUCUCUUAUUUGAUCUAUUAUCUUUUUGAAAGUACAUUAAAAUGUGUUCUUCGUGCAUUGAUCAUAUAAUGUCAGUCCAUCGUUUUUUUUUUUUUUUUUUUUUAUCAUUUUUAUUACCUACUUCGAAAUCUAAAUCUUUAUUUUUACUAGGAAUGAUCAACAUUCAUGAUCAAAACUCAUGAUGUAUGUAACUCACGAUGAAAAUUUGUUUUUAAAUAAUAUUUUGAUUAAAAUAUCACGCAAAUAUCCUGGAAUCGAUUUCUAUAUACAUCAUUCGCCCAGUAGAAUCGGAUGACAAUGAAAUUACUAUAAAAUUAAAUAUUGUGCAUUAUGUUACUGAUUAUUAUUACUUUUUUUUUUUAAUAUUUAACGUAAAAUCACUUCAUAAAUAUUUUUUAUUAAUAAAAAACAAAAAUAAUUUGAUUUAAAAAAAAAAAACAAAAAUGAACUUAGUGAAAUGCAUCGGUAAACCUAUUUGUUAUUAUUAUUAUUAGAGGUACAUUGUUAUUAUUUCAAUCCAAGUAUGUUUUCGGAUACGAAAAUAAAUGCGAUAGUAAAAAUAAAGUAUUAGUGCGCUUGAAAUAUUAUUUUGAAAUUGGUAUAAAAUAUUUUUUAAUUUACUCUUUCUAUUCCAAUUGAUAUUGAUAAAAUUCCUAAAAGAAUAUUAACAAUCAUCGAAACAUAGGGACAUUAUAAUGCACGCAUUUAGUUUGCUAAUAAGACAAGAAAAAUACAUAAAUAAGCAUUAAUAAGUGAUAUUUUAUAGCAAUAGCGAUGUAGAGAAGUGGUGAACCAAUAUGAUUUUUUUUUUUUAAUUUUUCCUAUAUCUGAUAUUUUGCUGAUAUAUAACUGAUAUAAAACCAAUAAUAUUGAUAUUUUGAAAACCACGAGUAUUAAUUAGUUGAUAUUGAAAUUAACCGAUAAUAAUUGAUAUUAGUCGAAACUCCAGAAUUCUUUCAUAUUCCUGAAACAUUAUAGACAUUUUUCUCCAAAUAUGUCGGAUUAAAAUAAAUAUUGGUUUCGAAAAAAAACCUUAUACGUAUUCAAUAUCCGAUGAUAUCCUCAAUAUAUCGGCCAAUUUGUCGGCUUAUGCCGAUGCUCACCACUAAUAAUAUCCUACAUGAUAAUAAUACGGUUUUAUUAUAUUCAAUGUACUAUAAUUAUAUUCGUAGUAUUCCGAAUAAAGUAUACUGAAUAUUUUAUAAAUCCUUUUUUUUUUAAGUAUUCAAUGUCUACUGUUUUUCGAAUAAGCAAUUUAAAAAAUUACUUGAUUCCUUAAAAAAAAAAUUCUUUUUCUCGGUCUUAUUUUAGUAUAUCUAUUGUUUAAUACUUAAAGUAAAAAUUCUCCGAUUUUUAUUGCUUUAAAAGAUGUGAAGUUUCCGCCCGGUGGUACUCGAUUUGAAACAUUUUUUGAAGUUCCCAACAGUUCAAACAUAAUGUUAUUUUUCAUCGUAAUUUUUCUUUUUUUAAACAUUUUUCUAAAAUAUUAUAAAUGCUUUCAGCAAGCUAUUAAGAAUAUUUUUAAAAAUCUAGUAGUAUAAAAUCUAGAAGUAUUCGAAUACAUAUUUUGAAUACUAUUUUUGUAUUUAUUCCUAGUAUUUUUAAAAAGUAUUUUACUGCUGUUAAAGGUUUGUUUGAAUAAUUUUACAUUGCCGGUUUUUUUUUUUAAUUUAUAACACGAGUAAGACGUAUGAAAAAUAAUCGUCCUAAUUAUGGAGCAGUGACAGUAGCUAUCUAAUCAUCGUCCUCUGUACUAGUUAGACGGAUUACUUUAAAGUGCAACGUCGGUAGGUACCCAUCUGCAGGUACUUAGGUAUGAAUGUCACGAAAAUCUUAAACCGUAUAUAGCGUUAUAAAAUUAUAUUCAUCGCCGACAAUCGUGAGUUGUUACAAAUUAAACGACGCGUAUAAUAAAAUGUACAAGCGUAUAAGGAAUGUAUUGUAGUCGUUUUUUCGAACCCGAGUCAUGUUUAGGUAGUAAACAUUAUGCUAUAAUAUUUGCUUACCUACAUUCUCAUUAUUUAAAUUUUUUCGCGCUUUCGCGUUUCCGUAGAAAUUGAAAAUACAUCAUAUUAUUAUGCUAUUAUUUGAAAACAUAAGUGGUGUCUUGGAUCGUUUUCAAUGAAAAUAAAUGUUUUGUCCAACAAAAAAAACCCGUUGUUCAACAAAAUAACUAUAGCUAUAAUUUAUAAUUUUUUUUUUUUUUACUAAAAUCGCGUAGUUUAUGUCAAUAUGUGUGCACUGUGCACAUAAUAAACAUAGACAGACAUAUUGCGUUGACAUAUUAUAAUUAUGUUUACAUCGUAUAGACGAGUGUUUCACAAUUUCACAAAGAAUAAUUUGGUGAAAAUAACAAUAAUAAUAUGUAAACAAUCAAUACGUAUACAGGUGUUAUACAGUGGGCCACCUUAAUACUUAAGAAAGUGUUAAUGUGGAGCGAAUAUAAAAAUAUGUAAAAUACUGAAAUGAUAAUAGGUAUGUCUAAUAUUAUGUUAAAAAACCCAUUAAAACUUCCUCGUAUCGUUACUAGAUUUACUUUUAAUGUGUCUGUUUGAUUUUAUUUGGAACACCUACCUACAAAUUGUAGAAGUAUUUAAAAUAAAUUUUAAAUUGAGUUGUGAAUACGUUAUAAUAUCGAUCUAUUCUAUUAUAUUUGUAUAUGAAUAAACACAAAAUUGCAGACAAAAAACAGUUAAAUAAUUACAUUUAUCGUUUUCAUUGCAAAAUUGUUAAAAGAAAUAUUUACUUGAGAAUCAAAUACGGACACAAAAUCAUCAUGUUGUUCUUAAUGUGUUUGAUUAUUAUAAUAAAAUAUGACAUAAUUUUAUUUAGGUAAAUUAAAAAAAAAAAAAAAAAACCGAUUUCGUUUUCAAUUAGUACUUACAUAAUAUUAGUACCAUACAAAAAGGGUUUUAACAUUUAAACGUGUAUCAAACAUGUUACAGAUUUAUAAUUUUAAUUAAUCCUAAGUCUACAUUUAAAAACAAUUCCCAACGUUGUCUUAAAUUGCGUUUAAUUAAGUGAUAGAAUAAAAUAUAGAGAGACUAUAAUGUAAACCAAUAUUAUUGGUUCACGUAUACCGCAGAAAAACAAAUAUGUUUAAUAAUACGUAUUAUUUAAUAGUAGGUACGAAGUUCGUCUUGAUAAAAUAAUCCGAUGUAGUGUAUCCGUGAGUGCCCCCCCCCCAUAAGGUAAUUUUCAGGGGAAGGACAUCGGACAUAGGCUGAUAGAGGGUGAAUUAAUAAGCCCCACGCGUCAAGGUUUAAUAAAAAUAAUUUUUCACGAUUUUUGAUAUUUUACAGUGGGGGACGUUUCUAUCUCUUUUACCUACCACAAUGGGCGCACAUGGGUAUACCUAAUAUUUUAAUUUUAUACGGUAUUUUCACGGUAUCAAGGCUAUAAUAUAAUAGUACAUAAUAUAAUCAUACUGUAAGUGCGAAUAUUUGUCCGUUAUUCAUCUGGAUUUUAUCGAACAAAAAAAAAAUUGAUCUAGAUUUCUAUAGUUAUCAUGCACGUGGGCAUAACUGAUUUUAUUCACGACAUAAACUGUAACCGGUUAUAAGAGAUUUAUGUUUGUAUCCGCCAAUAUAACCUUGCUAAGGUCAUUAUCACGCAGACACAAAAAGAAUUUCAUACGAAAUAAAAUUAUUUUUGUCCGCAAAUACCAAAUUAUGUUUUGCAAUACUUUUUAUAUACAAUAAGAACUUACACCAAUAUUUACACUAAAAAAAGAAAAAAUACUUGUUUAAUAUGAUUUUAUUAUUUCUAGACUAAAUAUUAAAUAUUUAAGAUUUUAGCGAAGAAUAUAUUGGUUUUACUAAGAUGAUUAUUUUUUUCUUUUUCUUCUUUUUUUAUUCUAUGUACAAAAAUUCUACCAGAAAUAUUGCUCCGAUAUGUACGCGCGGCACCAUUUUGAAAAGAAAUAUUGUCCAAAUGGUGCUUUUAGGUGGUCAUUUGUUUGAUUUCCCAAGUGGUUUUCAUAAUACCUGGGAAAAACCAGGAUAAAACUUAAAAAAACGGGAAAUUUACGAAAAUAAUGUUCUUUUUUCAAAAUUGUUGGUUGUUGUUAGUCAGUUAAAAAUAUUCGUAGAGCCUUGAAAUUUCAACAAAGAACUCAUAUUUACCUUUUCUAAACGUGGUAAAUAUUUAAGCCAUUUUUGAGCAAUUUAUAGACAUUUCAAUUUUACAAGUUUUAUACGUAAUUUUUAUUCGGUAGAUAUUGUGUGGUAACAUUUUUAGGCUUAACAGGAAUGUCUUAACAUUAAAAGUGUUACUUUGUGGUCAAAAAAAAAAAUUGAGUUUAAUAUCAAAUUUGACGAAAAUCGUUUGAGUUAUAUAUUAUGUGGAACAAAUCUAAUUUUUAAAUAUUGUAUUUUGAAUUUAUGUAUAUUGCUGAUUCAAGAACAAUAGUGAAAUCUGAAUUGAGCGGACUGAUUAAUUUUUGAAAUUAUAGCUUUUGAAGUUCUGAUAUUAUAUAUUAUGUUUAAUAAUUCUAUACUAUCUCUCUUAAAAAUAUUUGUCAUAUGGUCUAAUGGUUAUAAAUGCCUAUUAUCAUCCUAGAGAUCCUGAGCUCAAAUCCGGGCUUCAAAAAAAAAUUCGCAUUUUUUCCCCCUUUUACCUAAAAAAGGGAAACACAAAUGUAUUUUGGGUAUGCUUAGAGACCCGCGAGCCAUCGCUCGCUCAAUUUUAAUUACAAAAUAUCCCUCGAUUUGUUGUGCACAUUUUUCCACGAGAAAUCUUGCUCCGAUGUAUUAAGUGCACUUGUAGCUUAUAUUUUGAUUUUAUCUCAAUGGUAAUUUAAGGAGGCAAUUUUUUGAUAUUUCAAGCGGUUUUCAUAAUAACUGGGAAAAAUUGGGAUAAAAUGUUAGAUUAACGGAAAAUGUACGAAACGUACGUAUUAGUAAAAAAAAUAUAGCCUAUUUUUCUGUGUAUAACUUUUCUACCAGCAAUUUCGCUCCAAUUAAAUUUAAUGAUAGCACUUUUUCAAAAAGGAAAUCUGAUUGGAAAGGUACUUUAAGGAGGUCAUUUUUUGAUUUACCCAGGAGUAUUCCCAGCAAUCGUGAAAACCAAAAAAAAAUAUGGAAAAACCGAGAAAAAUACAGAAAAAACCGGAUAAUCGGUACAAUAUUAAAUUUUCUGAGAAAUUGGAAAAGCGAUACAUUUUUAAAAUUUAAAUGGAUAUCAUUCAAGAAACAGAUAGGUACAUUUUAUAAAUAUACAAUGAUAAAUUAUGCUGACCUAGUUUAUAGCCGAGAAUUCGCGAAUACUUGUAACGUCAGCGUGUCUUGUUUAUAGCAAAACGCGUGCGAAAAAUAUCAAUGAAUAAAAAAUAAAACAAUUUCACUCAUUUCGGCGAAGUCGACGAUAACUACGAUAGACACUCGUAAAUAAUAAUGUUGCAACUAAGAGUCAGAUAUUUAAUAUUCGUAGAAACAAUAUAUUUUGUCUUAAAUAUCAUUAAUUAAAAAUCAAUAAUAUUUUUCAUCAACACGUUUAACUUUAUUCUUCCAGACAAAGAGUCGAGUGUACGUCUGUAUAGGUACACUCCCUUGAAAAAUACAAAGACAAAUAAAUAAAUACGUAUUGCAAAAAUCACACGGUAUAUACGGUAAUUGCAAAGUUAUAGCCAUAAACAUGUGCAAUUUUGCGCAAAAUUUGUCUUUCGUUUUUUGAAUAUAUAUGUGAAUAAUUUAAAUACAUCGGUUUUCCUUUCUAAACGUGUUGGAUCGAUGCCAAACCAACAAAUUUGUUUGGAUUUAGAACAAACAGAACAAAACGAGUUUCAGCGUGUAUUUCCCGCACGAUGUGCAUGACACAUUCAAUGAGAGAUUUCACUUGGCCUAAUAAUUCCUAACAGUCGAAUCAAAUUUAUGAAUGCGAACGUUCGAAAAAGUAUUAAUUAAAAUUAGAAAAAUCGUAAAAAAAUGUAGACGUUAUAAUAUCUAAGUACCGCUAGAUUAAUAUAAAUCAUUUAUGUCUGAUGUUUUAAUCAGCUGAAGAAAUGAAAACCUUUUUUUUGAAUAUUUCAAAUAAAAAUAAUUGGAAAACAAAUAUUUGCUUGUCAUUUGAAAAUAGAAAGUCGACGCGACUUCGAAAUAGACGAGUCGCUGGUGUCUCACGUGGUGUUCGUUGUGCACUUACUUUAAUGGCUGUCAAUAAAUUUACAACUUUAUAGUAACAUCUUUUAUCUGAUUAAUAACUGCAAUUGAUGCACCUAUGUUUUUUUUUUUUUUUUUUUAAUGAUAAUUUAAUCACUGAGCGGGUUACUGUAGACAAUAUAAUAUUUAACGGAUAAAUUACGGUUUUCAAUCAUUGUACAUAUCAAAUAAUUUAAUAAUUAGGAGAUGGUUUUUAUUUUUAUUUUUUUUUGUUAUUACCAUUUAGAUUUUUCGAAAUGAUAAUUACAAAUAAAAUAAUAUAACGAGACGCAAAUGAAAUAUGAAUCACUGUAUCAUGCUGAUACUAUAACAAUUAAUUACAACUUUGACUACAACAGAGAUAUUGUAGUAUUGUAUAUAUUAAACAGGAAGGUUUAAUAUAAUGGUAUAAUUUAAGUGAAUAAUCAAUGGCGUCCAUAUUCAUAAAUCCGCGGAGGGGACAAUGCAUUAAUAUUUAAUUGGAUUUUUCAAUGAUAUUGACCUUUAUGUUAAAAUGUUAAUAAUAAUAACAUGCCAUACGUACGUACGGAAAAGCCAAUAGGAAACAUGCCCCUCUCCUUGUCCCCUCACGUCCCCCUGUCGCGUACGUGAACAAGUUUAUUGUUUAUUUAUUUGUUUAAAUAAUAUACGAACCAUUCACUGUCAUUUUUAACGAAAGUUAAAUUUACAAGUAUUAUAAUAUGUAGUAUAAAAUGAAACGAGAUGUUUUCAUUCCGCAUAUCUAUUAUAAAAAAAACCGCUGAUAAAGUCAUCAUUUUUCGGUAUUUUAUCUGAAUCGCGUGUAAUACUGCAGGCUGUCCUCCCACACAUACAUAAUAUUAUGAUAAAUCGAUAUAUAAGAAAGUAUUAAUUUUUUGGACUUUUUAUUGUUUUCGUUUUUUCUGAAAAAUUAAAAAACAAAAACUAAAAUAUUACGUUAUCGUUAUUUUCUGUUAACCUUUUGGGAGUGGACCGACUAUUUUUAAUUAUCAAAUAGUAACCUUUAUUACGAAUUCCAUUAAUAGACGGAGUAUUAGUUUAAAUAUUUGUUUACGGAAAUCAAAAAUGGCAACGCCAAAAUGUUUUUAAACUAAUACUCAGUCAAUUUAUGGAAUAUUUAAUAUAAGUUGCCAUUAAUAGGUUUAUAGGUUCCCAAAAUUAUAUGGUCGGUUCACCCCCCGAAAAAAAGGAUGACAAUAAUAAUAGAAACGCAACAUUUUAGAGUUGCAUGUUUUUUAAAUUUUCCAACGAAAAUUCCGAAAAAGGUCCAUACGUUCCAAGAUAUCGCCGUUGAUGUAGGCGGAAGGCGAGAUGUUUUUGAAAGCUAGAAUAUUAUUCAGAGUAAUUUAAUUUAUAUUUGUAUGCUCCAAUAAAUGUUUCCUAAUGAAAAAUGAUUCCGAGUAAAAUUCGGUUGAACAUAUUUUGAAAUGCCGUAGAUUUUACUAAUUUCUUAAAAAAUUGAACUGAAACCGGUUAGAAAAAAACUCUUACAUUUCGUGUACAUUUUUAUACAUUCAAAUAUUUGUUUUUACCACUGGUUAUUGCCUUUAAUUGUUAUUAAUAGAGACAAUUAUAAAAUGAUUACUUCAAUAAUGCACCAACUAAACAAAACUUGCCUCUAAAAACCACGUUUAUGAUUGAAGCAAGAUUUCUGAGUGUAUAGUAAAGUUUUUCAUAAACAAAAACAUAACGCAGUAAAAACAAUACAUUCCUCGCUACGCAUAGAAUCUUAACAAAUAGGUAGUUCCAUUCCGAAUUGUAUAUUUAUAAAACAAUUUUCGUAUAAUCAAAUAAAUUCAAUGUAUUUUCACACGUAUUCUAAUCUCUAACAAAAUAAUUUCUAAUUCCAUAUUAGAUUCUAAGACGAUCUAACAAUGAUGAUUAUUUAUUUUUUUUUUUUCUGUGAACAACUUUUUUACCGUAAAAUUCGCUCCGAAUAUCAUGUGUAACACUUUUUCAGAAAGAAACUUUGACUGGGGUAGUAGUUUAAGAUGGUAAUUUUUGAUUUUCCAAAGAUUUUUCAUAAUAUAUGGGGAAAAACGGAAAAAUAUCCAAAAUAUAUUAUUGUCAAAUCGUAAACAUUCGACCUUUUAAAACAUGUAUCUAUCUCUCGGUCUAUCUCGGUGUAUAAUAUGGGAAUAUUCCAGUUGUCAGAAAAAUGAUAAGACAAGUUCACCACAACGGAGUUAUCAAAAUUCUAAUCUAAAAAUUAUGUAUUCACAUAUAAUGUGACCAACUAUUAUAAUAAAUAUAUUUUAUGAUUCCACUUUGUACUUUUCCAGUAUCGAUUUUGGCUGCAGCCAUCGUUUGUAAUUAAUUUUCGUUUUCUUAUUACAAAUAGGUGUUCAAUAUUCGGUGUCUGUGUGGCAAGGAAAAUAGUAAAAUUCGUGCAAGAUAGAGAGCGAGAGAGCGGUUAUUAGUAGUAUCAAUUAUGGUAGCUAACUGAUUUUUAUGGAAUGCCUUAUCCAUAUGUUUAAUAUCUAUGGUACUGCUCGUUUAUUAUUGACCACGGGUAAUACAUUAUUAUCUUUAUUGAUAUUGAAAAGUAUGGUUCGUGUUAAGUGCACUUGUUUUAUAAAUAAUAUGCUAUGUAACAGUCGAUGUCAUCAUAAUCAAUCUUUAUGUAAAAAUAAAUAGUAAGAGAGAAAAAAAAUAUAUGUAUAGUGUAUUAAUUAUUGUUUAAAUUAAUCAAUCAAUUAAUUAUUUUGUAAAUAAAACAAUACAAGAAAUAUAGGUAAAAUUAAUUUCAUGAUUGUUUCAUAAUACUUCUUAGGUAACACUGUCAUUUAUAAAAAAUACAAUGUAUGGUUUACGUAGGUAAUUGUCCAUUUCAUGCAACGGAUGUCUGUUUCGUGCAAUGGAUGUCCAUAUUAUAAUGCAUUUUCGUCAAAAUGCACGAUCUGGACGAAUUUCACUAUCUGGAUAUCCAGUUCACGAAACGAGUGAUUUUAUUAUGUGGACGCGACAUCGGGCGUAUACAUAUAAUUUUGUCUUGUGUAAUUUUUUCUCUACAUUUUUUGGUCUAAUAGUAUCAUAAAUGCAUAUAUUUUCAAAAUGUAUAAUAUGUCUGGUUCGAAAUAUCGAAAACUAUACAAAAUUAACCGAAGCUCUUCUGUCUUAAGACAUAAUAUAUGUAUUUUUAAAUUAUUUUAAUUUUUAAUACAUUUUGCAUCAUGUUAUUGUAGGUUAUAAAAUUAUAUGGUACCUAUAGUGUUGUUAUAACGUCGUCAACCGUACCUACAUUUACCUAUAUUUUUUUUUUUAAUAGAGAUUUUUGGAAAUAUUAUAAAUUGUAUGUAUAAUAGGUGGCCAAGUCCCUAUAUAUUUAUCGGUUUAUUAUACUAUCAUUUUGCUUAGUUCCUACAAAAUCUUUAUUAUAGGUAAUACUUUACAUACGAUGACCUCAAUAUUUUUGUCUAUAAUGUUCGUUACAAUAAUUAUAUUUUCUCGUAACACACACACACACACACACAUAUAUGUAUAUAUAUAUAUAUAUAUUAUAUAAGUAUUAUUUUUAUGCAUGGUCUUUCCCUCCCCCCCUCGAUAAUUGUAUAUGAUCUUUUCGUCCCAGCGGGAACGUUAAAAAACUUAUGUCCGAGUUCAUCACAAGUUGCGGAACUUCAAUCACAAUCUUUUUUCGUCGUUAGCGAUGAUUAGCGUUAGCGAUUAAUGUUAGCGUUAGCGAUUAAUGUUAGCGUUAAUGAUUGAACGUUGAGAACAUAAUUUAUACGUAUAAAUUAAAUUGCCUUACAUCUACCUGUACCAUCUCAACCCCGCAUCUAAAACAGUGACGUACGCAUCAGGAACAGUAUUCUGUACGGUUGUACCCACGAGAAACGUUUAGCGAUUGGCUUUUAUGGACGUAUAAUAGGUAUUAUAAUAUAGUUAUUUAGUUCACAGACGCGCACCGGAAUAAAGAAUUGAAGUAUGAAAUCCAAUAAAUCCGAUAAAUCUCCUACCGCGUUACCGACGAAUUAUAAUUAUAUUAUUUCGGAUGUACGUGCGGGCUUGAUAUUUUAGAUAUUAUUAUAAAAGAGAAAACGAACACGAACGACGUUAAAUCGUUUUAGUGCGCGAUGACGGAUGUAAACGCGUGUUUAUUUUUACGGACAGUGAUUUUAUAUAAUAAUACAUUAGAAAAAAAAAAAAGUGAAAAAUUGAAUAAAAAUAAAAAUCGUCGAUAUUGUUACAAUAUUUUAUUAUUACAUAGGUAUAAAGGUAGGAGUAAAGGUGUACUCGUUGUUUAUUCGCUAUAAUAUGACGACAUCAGACAAUAAUAAUAAUUAAUACUAAUAAUAAUUAAUAUUAAUUAAUAAUACCUACACUGCCUACUGGCUAAAAAUUACAAUUGUCUAUACCUGCCUAUGGUACCCGCAUAGUAGGCAUAGUAAAUUAUGCGACGCAUUGUUUUUAGGUACCUGAUAUUAUUAAGUUAUUGAAAACAGAAGAGUAGAAAGUAGGUUUACCUAAUGUUUCCGUUGUUUACUAUCGAAAUAUAUUCGUGAAAAAUUUAGCUCGACUAACAAAUGACCACCCCGGUGCUGCCGCAAUAAUUGCGGGAGGCGCAAUACGUUCCUUUCGGUAUAGGCGAUUCUACGACGGCUAAGACGGUCGGUACCUAUAUUGCGUGCUCGAGUAGACAAUUUAUAACGGCAGUAAAUUGGAAACGAAAACUAUUUCAGUUAACAAUAAAUAAUCUACAAUAAUGGAAUUCAAUGACUGCAGUGAGUCUAUUAUGAAUCGUUUCUUAUAUUAUAUUAUUUAUUAGGUAUUCGGAUAAUAAAGGAGAAAUCAUCACGUUCCCAAUUUGAAACAACGAGUAAACACACCCGAUAAUAACGAUAUGUCUAUCAGUCAUAUACCUAUAUUUAAAUAAACACAGAAUAUCUGCGGUGUCUGCGGUCACGGACACACUGCAGAAUCGCAUAUUAUAAUACAUUAUACGCAUAAAGCGUAUAAUAUUAUGAACUCUCGACGGAUAGCACAUGCGUUAUUUUCUUAUUCCCGUCUUGACUUGGGAAAUAAACAAAUAGUACACAAACAAUAAUAUAAUAAUAUUGUUCCGAGUGGCAGUACUCCGAGCAUAAUAUUAUGUUUAUUUGUACCGACUAUCAAUAUCAGGUAUCAAUAGAAAAAUCGCGUGUAGUACACGCGGUAGAUGAAUUUCUAUACCUGUGUAUGUAUUUAAUAACGCAUUGUAUUUUUCGAUUGUACUGCAAUAAUAUUGUAUGUCCAUAUUUGAAAAGAGCCGCAAGCUAUACGGUUAAGCCACUGUUGUAAGUGGAGAGUUUGGAAGGUUAGAGGAUAAUUUAGUUUGUAUGCUGAAAGCAACGGUAAAAUAACAACAAUCGAAAAACUAUUCUGAGCGGAGCUCGUUAAGGCGUCACGGUAUUAGUAUUCUCCCCGCGUGUAGCCUGCUAAGUACAGCCUGCUGUAGCGUGCUAACCCAGUAAUCAAACCACCAUAUCGCGUCAUUUGUUUCAGGUUUUUUUUUUUUUUUUUAGGCAAACUUCCGUAACUCAUUAGUUUUAAUUUCUGAUUUAUUUUUAAUGGUCAACCAUAAGAGUUUUCUGAAUUACUAAUGAAGAAAUUUAAAAAGUAUUACUAAGAGUUAAAAAAAAAUAAUGUAAUUUAAAAAAUGCAGAGUUAGAAUUAUAAUUAGUUUAGUUUUGUUGUUUUGAACAUUUAUAAAAAGUUAUUUACGACAGUUUUUGUUGCGAGAGCCGAUAUGUGAUAAAAAUGCACAAAGCGUCCCAAAAAAUAUACAUUAAAACAUAUACAGCAUACACGUCUACAGCAAAAAAAUAACUGAUUCUGAAAAUUGAAAUCCUAAGGCAGAAUCAAUUAUUAUUUUUAUAUGUAAUUAAUUAUUCAAGUUGGUAAAUGAAAAAAAUUAUCAUUAUUUUCUUUAACGGCUAAUUUUAUAAAAGUUGAAGAUUUAAAAGAAAGAAAAAAAAGAAAUAAUAUUAAUAAGUACCUAGGUUAUAAUGUAUUGUAUAUUAUGAUAAUUAUUGUUUACAUACUAAUUUCAUUUAAUGUAUUAUUUAUACAAUUAACAUGUAUAUAAUAUUAUGUGUAAUGAAGAGAAUCGAAAACAAUGAACAAACCAAAGUUGUCAAAAAUGAAAUUGUAAUUUUAAACUUUUAGAUUCCGAGCGCAGUGAAGAAUGUACUGGUUUUACGAAGAUGUUUAUUUUUUUUUUAAAUUUUGGAUUCCGAGUGUAGAGAGGGAACUAUUGGUUUUACUAAGAUGUUUAUUUCUGUUUUUUUUUUUUUUUUGUUCUAGUCUGUGGACACGUUUUUUCCUAGUAAACUUGUUCCGAUUUUUAAGCUUAGCAUCUUUUCUGAAAGCUCAAGUUGUCUGGAUUGUACUUUAUAAAAGUCACGUUUUGAUUUUCGACGCCGUUUUUUAUAUACAAGCACAUAAAUACAUACAUUAAAAUACAUAUUCUCACAUACAACAGUGGUUCAUCUAGGUGCAAAGUAUGUCCGUCUUUUUAGAACUAAUGUUUUUAUUUCGUCCCGUAUUCAUUCAUAGUAUAAUAAUACUAUAUAUCUAUUAAUUAAUAUAUUUUAAAUUUGCAUUCCCGUAAUUAACUAAAGCAUUUAUACAAAUCCACCGACGUCAGACACGCUCGUCACUGGAUAUAUUAUUAUUAUAAAUGAAUAGCGAAUAAAAACAAAUUGAAAUUCAACGUGUGCCCAAUCAAUAAAUAUAAUGAGAGAGUAUUAUAGAACAAUAUUAUCUAUAAUGAUUAAUGACAUUUACGUAUUCAAUUGAAUAUAUGUAGGUACACAUUUGAUUUUAAACACAGAUUGGAUUAGAGUAUAUUUUCGCAACGUAAUUUUGCUAUAUUGCAUCUCGUUAGAAAGGCAGAAAUGGUAAAUUAUACUGUGACGUCCUCUUGAGAAUAUUCGAAUAAUUCCCUUUUAAUAAUAAUAAUUGAUAAUAGUAUGUUAUUUAAAUAAAAUCGCCGAACCUAGACAAUGUUAGAUGAAAAUCAAUAAUAAAAUAUACUUGAACUAGACAAGGUCUUGAAGAAAAACUGAACUGAGUUCAAUUUUAUGCUUAUGAACUACAGUUCAUAAACGAAUUUAUGAUUUAAAUCUAUGAUCCGAGGUCCGUGUUAUAAAACGAAUCAAUAUCAGAUACCGACUCCGUAUAGACCAGAGGUUCUCGAACUUUUUUUUUUCGCGUACCACUUAUAUGUAUUAUGGAUUCGUUAUAUACCUACCGCUUAUAAUUAAACACAAACAGACAUAUUGGCACAACUACAGGGGUGUGAAGGGAUGCCAAAACACCCCCAAAUUUACUUUAAGCACCCCCAAGUUCCAUGUCUUUGUAAUUUCCAACAUCUAUAGUCUUAACAAUGUAAUUUUAUUUUUUAAGAUUUUAUUAUCAGUUUUUUUUUUCUUGUAUACAGAUUAUAAUGUUUAUUAUUACAUAUAGACUAUAAUUUAAAUGUUUACCUACUUAUCUGUUGAUUUAAAAAAAAAAAAAUAAAAACAAUGUUUUGGCAACACUUAAUAUUAUUAUUGAUAUUUUUGUUUAUCAGGUACAGCAAAAGCGUGUGGACUGUAGUUUUACAUUUGUUCACGGUACAAUUGCUACUGUACUCGGCGAGUAGUGCUGACGAUAAUAAUUCCACCGACAACACCCCGUCGGGUGCUGAAUUCCUCAAAAGCGUCAUUGGCAACUUGCACCGUCCCAACCGCAAGGUGUUUAACGCCCGGAUCGAUGUCAACGAAUAUAUACCCAACGACGCUUCGCACACGAGCCCCGGCAACGAAUUAAAAAUCCUAUCAAGACAACCUACCAAUUUCAUGGCACAACAAAAAGUAUGUGUAUCAUCGCAUUCAUUUGGAUCGGCCACAUUUGUCGAAUUUCACUGAUAUAUAUUGCGCUAUAUUCUCCCGCUAUACUUGUAGAUACUUUUAGCGGUCCCCUUUGGACCAAAAAUAAUGAGCUCAAACUCGGCCGAAGUUAAAAUUGUCGUAUGAGUGUAUUGAAGUGAUAAAAGUUGAGUUGAAUUUCAACAUAAAUUUCAUCAUAUUGGGGCGAGAGUGAGGGCGUUUUUAAAGCCAGGAAGAUGCAAUUAGAUACAUAUAUAUGCAUGAUGUUAUAGUAUCAAGGAUGUGCCUUUUGGGUUUUUAACUUUUCACCUCUCCCCUCCCCACUAUUUCAAUGCUUAAAUUUCAAUACUUAUUUAGGGAGUAGUAUAGUUUUAGUCAAUGUUAUUUUCGUGAAAAAACUAUACGGUAUACACUUAUUUAUGAAAUUGAGCAAGAAAUAUUGUGAUUUCAUAAGUACGAAACUAAUCAGAUUCAACCAAUCAAAAAGUCGAUCACUUCGCUUGUGAACAUCUAUAUUACAAGGCUCUUAUAUAGUACAUUCACAAAUUCGCAAACUAUACAAAUAUAACUUGUUCAAAAAUCCACAAAUUUAUUAUAUGAACAAUUAAUUUUCCAUCAUUAGUUUAGUUGGUAAAUAAAUUUGAAUGUGGAAAACUCAAAAUGUAUUUUAUUAUACGUCAAAGCCGUAAUAGCUCAUUUAUUAUUAAAAUAAUUUAUAAUCACAAUGAUAUAGAGCUUGAAAAUGAUUCAUUAAAACUUCUGAAUCAAUAUUACAAAAAUAUAUGCAGGUCUGUUCUAUUAAAAAAAAAAAAUGUGAAAAAAAAAUAGUUCGCCAUAAAAUAUAAGGAAGAAAAAAGAAAGCAAAUUAAACGGAAAUCGUUCCUUAGUUGAAAAUUCGACUCUAAUGACGGAUCUUUGCUGCUCGGGAUGGUUUUUUAAGGUGUACAUAAAAUAUAUACAAUAUUAUUAAUAAUUCUUAUUUUACAGAGUCAUACUAAUAUGAAUCGACCGACUCCAUUAGCUGACGCUAACAAUAACAACCAAGGUGAAAAAAUGGCAAUGUUCGCUUCGCAAAUGGCACCUCAAUUUAUGAAAAACGAAUUCUCGGAUUCUCAACACAAAAUAGUAUCUCAAGGACCGCCUCAACAGAUCAGCUCGGUACCACCCAGUAACUUUCUGUCGCCAAAUUUAAUUGAAGCUCUUUCAAGUAAAAAUUAAACCAGACAAUUUUAAUUAUAAUAUUAUAUUUUAUUAGUUAUUACCUAUACGCAAUAACCCAUUAUGUCUUUGAGUAUCCAUAUGGUGACGAACAAUUUUUUUCACAAAAUAUUUGACCAUAAUUUCAAAUAUUCACCACUUUCUAUCCUGACGUUACCAUAGGGCAGACACGGAUCCCGAACAAAAAUCUGAGGGGAAUGCAACAAUUUUUUUAAAACACAAAUACAACUAAAAUAUAAUAUAUUGCAUUAUGUAUGUUAUUUUUUCAUACAUAUCAGUGAUUGGAAUAUAGUAAUAUCAGGAUCUAUAGAAUUAUAAAAAUAAAAAAUCGGAGAAAUAAUAUGUCUGGGGGGACCUGGGCCCCUAGGCCCCCCUUGGAUACGUCCCUGCCAUAGGGUGUCAUCAAAUACCUCAUUGUUGGGUUAAAAAAUAAAAAAAUUAUUUUAACGUUUUUUGAUUAAAAAUGAAUUUUAACCAUAGUUAUAUAAAAAAAAAAUUUGAAUUAAAAAUAAAUAAACUUCAGACCUAAUGGGUUAAAGCGUUGUUAAAAAAAUUGACUGUUACAUGUAAUCAGUGACAUUCAGUGGUCAAAUAGAAUCAAUAUUGGCGAGACCUUAAAAAUAUUAAUCCAAAUAAUCUACAAAAAAAUAAUGUACUACGGGAAACUUAUAACUUCUCCCAGAAAUAGAUGUUGACGGUGUGUUUAAUGUUUAUCCGCCCACAAUACUUCAAUACUUAAGAUUUCCAUAUUUCUCGUGUUGGCUUCUAAAUACAAUAUUAUACAUUUGUAACAUGAUGAUAGGUAUAGGUAAUUGGUAAAAGAAGAUUGUUCAUUUAUUUUCUCCGAAAAAGCAACAAAUGCAAUAAUAUCGAUAGAUAUUAGACGUAGCCGUUACUGUAUUGUACUGUAAUACCUUUUAAAUUGAAUAUACCCAGUAUAACCCAGAAAUCGGUAAAAUUAUAAUUGAUAAUAAAACUCUAUUCGUGUCUUUCAUAUAAAAUAAUAUUGAACAUAAAAAAUGAAUUUGCAAUGUUUACAUUUGUAAACUUAUUGAAUUAAAUUUGUCAAUAUUCCUGGCCUAAGACCUAAUAGUUAAUCAUGUAAAAAUAAUAAUCGAUAUUCGCAUUAAUCUGAAGGUACACAAUAUAAUAAUGUUAUAAUACUAUUGCUAAUAAUUUCCUACCAAUGUAAUUUUCAUGUAGGUAUAUCUAUACCAGUAUCCCCAUAUUAGAUUUGAAUAUAUUUUCAUGCUCGUUAUUAGAUACGUGUAAUUUCUACACGUUUAAUUGCCCGUAGUGACGUAGUGUGCUUCUGACCUAGUUUAAAUACCCAUUUAAAUAAUACAGUUCAUCAAUCCGCAUUUUCUGAAACGACGUUUUUACGACCGUUUUUUUAUAUAUAGCUGCGUAGGAUAAAAUAUAUUAUAGAUAUCAUAACACAGUAAUAAUAAUGUUUGAAGUAAAGGCGGCGCGAACUAUUUCAUCGAGAUUCACAUUUCACUUGUAAAACACUUCUAGCUCACUAUAGCUAUAGAAGCUACUAUUGACUUUCCGCAUAGAUGCAAUAUUCCACAUAAUUUUUAUUUUAUUUUGGAGUCGAGCCGCCAUAAUAUUGAUUAAAAAGACUAUGUAUGCAUUCUUAUUGUUACAUUUUUAAUUUGGGGGGAGAACUUCAUUGAGUUUUUUGAAUCUACCCCACCUCCUAUUGUACCAAUGACUAUCCACUAUAAAAAGCAAAUGCAUUAUAGUUUUCUUUCGUACACAAAUGCCUAUUUAGGCACCAAAGUAACUAUCAAUCAUCUAAUCGUUAGGUAUUUAUUUAAUAAAUUACAUACGUGUAAGGUUAAGUUUUGUUAAUACUUCAUAUUAUUCGAUAUUUUAAGUGAAUAAAUGGUACACUUGUUUUCUUUUACCAGUAUAAGAAUGAAGAGUAUGAAGAAUUGUUUUUCCAAUUUUAGAGAUUUUUAGAAAUCAAAAAAAAUUAAAUUCACAUAAAUCUAAACUAAUCUAUUCUAAUAGGUACUAAACUAACACGAAUAUUCAGUGAAAGUAUCAGUCUAUACAGUUAUUUCGUAAUGAAUUCUAAAAAAAAACCAAAUAGAUUUUCCCAACGUUUUUUUUUUAUCGAAUUUUUUCCAUUUUUAUUACUUAUAGGUAGGUAAAAUAAAUAAUAAAAAAAAAUAAAUGAUCUAUACCUAAAACCGUGAAGUUUUUGAUCGGAGCAAGUAUUCUGAACAAGAAUUUGUUGGAAAACAGAAAAAAACACUGCACAUGCCAUCAUAAAGUGUUUAAUGUUAAUCGAAUCCUACAAACAGUUUGUCGAAAAUUGUAAAAAAUCUGAAAAGUUUACAACAAUUGUUGUAAGCAGUUACACUAAACAAUCUCACUAAGUCACAUUGAUUACUCAACAAGCAAACCAGUACAGUGGCGUGUUUACGAGGGGAGAUUAUGGAGAUAUAAUUCCUACCUUGACCCUUUUCAGUAUCUAGUAUUUGUAUGACUAUCUACUUUUAAAUUCAAAUAUGUUUAUAUUUUAGUCAGAAAAAUUAAAAUUAUUAUGUAUUCAGUAGGUUAAUAUCUACUAGUUAAAUUAUUAAAAAAAAAACUGAACGUACUUAUACAUUUUCUUAUUCAAAACGAAACUUGCCCGCACCACUGUAAUAUGAAGGAAAUUAGAUUAGUACAUAAAUAGUAAAUAAAGGAAAUAAUUACUUACCUAUAGUAGGUAACCUACAGUUAAUUAUUUUCAAGUAAAUUACAGUUAUUGAAUUAUAAAUUAGAUUAGUACUUACAGAAAUAAAUCAAUUAUUAAAAAUUGAUAUCUUUUUAUAAGCCUGGUUGCACAUUAUAAAAUUAUGACAUAAUUUGCAAAUUUUUUAUCUUUCUCCUUGCCAAAAUCCUAAAUUCGUCAUUGGCGUAUAGUUGGAAACAGUAUACGAAAAUAAACUCGCUAAAACACGUCUGUAGUAAAACCAAAAAAAAUUGUGUUUAUCCUGCAGGCGAAUCCGUGAAACCGGACGGUACGAUUAACGGUUACAAUUACUUCUUUUACCCACUGGACAACGAGGCGCUCCAGCAGCUCCAGCAGCAACAACAAUCACAACAGCAGAUUCAGCAGUACAACAACGCCAACAACCACGAGAUGCAGCAACAACAGCAAGACAACUCGAUGGCUGGUGGCGGCGAUCAAGACAACCAUGCAAUGACCAAACCCAAGGUGGAACCGCUGUUCGUGGCCAUGGCUGGUUUCGUGGGCGUAGCUGUCGUGUUCCUCAGCGCACUCAUGUUCAUACCGCGACUGCCGAUACCGGUGCUCGGCACCAAAGCCGCCUUGAAACGCGCCCCUGAAGAAUUGGCCACCCUGACUAGACUGGUCGCUGAGUCCAUCGACGGUAAAGACUGUACCGAGAGAAUAGCCUGCGAGGUGGGCCGAGCCAUGCGAUCCAUGCAAUUGGAUAACAAACCCAUCAGGUACCGAGUUUUAAUCGAUUCUAAACGCGUAAUCACAUAUUCAAAAUUAUGGCCAAAUUUCGAUAAUUUUCAAACGUUAUUAUCUCCAAAUCUGACAACAAUGCAUAGAAUAUACUAUUUUUAGAUUCGGAGGGGAGCGAGAAAUGCAUUAGUUUCACAAUGAUAUUUAUUUUUAUUUUUAUUUGUUUUUACCGUUGAACAACUUUUAUACUAGAAAUUUUACUCCGAUUUUCAAGUGUAUCUAUUCCAAAAAGAAAUUUUAUCUGGGUCUGGGGACUAGGUGGAUUUUCAUAAUAAUUGGGAAAAACGAGAAAAUGUACGUACAUGUAUAAAAAAAACUUAGCUCCGAAUCGUUUUUCAUUAGCAAUACUUCAUCGUUGUGUAUAGAUAAAAAUGGAAUUCCCCUCCAUAUCCUACUUUCCCAACUUCUCACUAACAACAGUUGCCCGUCGUGCGAAAUAUGUCAGUCUUUUUUUAACGGUGGGCAGUGACGUAUUGGAGGGUAUACGAGGGUUUACGAAACGGAUCCUUAUUUUCGGAUUUAUGCGUUUAUCUCGUUAUAAAUUCGUUAAUUAUAGGUAUGCGCUAACUAAAAUUAUGUACUUGCAUUAAAGAAAUACGCGAGCUUUUAAUUAAUCGUCACCGUAUAAUGGUAAAAAAAAAAAAUAAUAACAAUAGGUAAUAUUAUUAUAAUUAUUAUUUUAUUGUAUAUUCUGUCCCAAAAGAGAGCAGACCGAUAGACAAAUUUAGAAUGUAAAUCUUCAUAGCGGACAUCCUGCUGAAUCUAUUUAGUGCACCGUUUUAUUUACAUCGCGGUUCGAUUGAAUGUUGUACUAAAUUCGUAAUAUUGGUUUAAAUUUUAAAACAAAUUCAUAAUUACCUGAAGAUUUAUUAGACACUAAGUAGGUAGGUAAUUUAAUUUUAAAACUAUUACCAAUAUAAAAUGUCAGAAGUAUGCCAGUAAAUAGUUAUUUACGAUAGGUACACAUACAGGCAAUGUGUUGGUGUAGUAAGUGAUUAGGUAGUUUGAUGUAAGUGAAAUGUCAUUUCGAACGUAAUGAGAAACAUUUUUUUAGGGGUUUAUUCGGCCCAUUUUAGGUGCGUAUACCCAUACGCCAUUGGGUACUUAUCUAUGCCUAAUUUAUUUAAGCCUGCUAUAACUUUGUCAACUUAUUAAACCGUUUCAGAAUGAUGGAAAUAAUACUUCCACCGGCAGUAGCAAAACAGUUGGCCCAGGUCAGAAGGUCUGCUUCGAGGAAAGAACAAUGCCAUUUCAUUAUGUGUAAAAAGACUGAGGGUACGUUAAAAAUGGUGGCGAAACUGAAGAAAACCAACAACAAUGCCAACACAAAAACCAUCCACGACGUUAAAGAAAUUUUUAAGUUACAAUAGUAGCAACCGACACGUACCUAUAGGUAUAUGUGUGUAUAUAUACAUACAUAUACUUGACACAUGACACAAUAAUUUAUUAUAGAUUUUAAGUUUAUUUAACGAAAUGUAAAAAUAUCUCAUCUUUACCUAUAUAUAGGUAUGUAGUUCACUUUUCCUAUAUCGUCGCGGCCAUGCAUAAAGUGUUAAAUAACUUCAAAUAACAAAUUAACACUUGGUCGAAAUACAAAAACCUAUAGUUCGAUAAGGUAUACAUUUUACAUUUCCAGUGGGUCUCUUAUUUUACAUUUAAAUGCAUAUAACUGCUGUAUGAACUGUAUUAGGCAUACCUAUUAUAAUGUAUUACACUUGCUUACUUUUUGCAUGACAGCGACGAUAUUACUAUUGUUUAAAUGUUUGAAACAUAUAAAACAAUAGAAGUGCCCAAUUGGUAUAAUAUGUGUAUCAGUAACGUGGCAUAAGUAAUGUAUUGUAUUAAAUGGGCAUGCAAAAUUAAAUUUUAUUUUAAGAAAAUUGUUUAAACCAAGUUGGACCCCAUGAAAAGCUUUAAAUUUAGAUUAAAAUUAGCCUUUAACGAUAGACAAAUAAUAUUCUGGUAAUAUUGUAUAUAGUUGAGGAUAUUUGGUCAUAAAAUAUAAUAUUACUGGGAAUAAUUCUAACUUUAAGUUCUUUUGAUUUUUUUUUUUAUAUAGGUACUCAAAUCGUUUUUAGUAAAUCAAAUACAAUUUACAAUCAAAGUACUAAUCAUGAUCAGUGUUAAUUCCAGACAAUUUUUCUGGGGGGGGGGAAUUACUAAAAUUAUAGUACUUUAACUAAUUAAUUACAUAACUUAAUUAAUUUACCCACAUUUAACAGGGUGGCAAACAAAAUUCCAAGGGGGCUAAAACCUUCCCUAUCAUACACCUGGAUUCAACACUGAUCAUGAUUAGAAAUGCAGGUAUUUAAUAUAAAAACAGAAAAACAAUAAGAACAUGUUAGUGUAUUACAAUAUGAUAAUAUCCAAUAUGUUUACUCAAAUUUUUUAUUUAUUUUCCGUGGUCAUUAUUACAAUAUAAUAUGCCAUAUAUACCAGUGGUUUUCAACCAGUCCAUGGUCAAUAAGCCUGUCAUUAGUGGUCCGUCAAACUAUUUUGUUUCCUAAAAAAAAAAAAUAAAUAAAUUGAUGGCAGUGUAAUAUGAAUAUAUAUAUAAAAAAAAUAGAUUUAAAAUAAAAAAUUAUAGAUCAUCACAUUUCAUCAGAUAAUAACUAUUAUUGGGAUGGUCGAUAGUAACAUCUUGUUUUUAUCAUUGGUUUGUCAUUAUAAAAAGAAAUCAUUAGUACAAAAAAAAUAAAAUAAAAGGUCAUCAGAAAAUUGAGGUGGUCCAUGGUGGCACCUAUCAAAUGUUCUCAAGUAGUUCAUAGUAUCCAAAAAGUUGGGAACCACUGAUCUAUAGACAUUCAAUACUUCACGCCGUGUUACUGAUAGAAUAUUAGGUAAAGUGAACUGUGUAUAAUUAUUUAUUAUUUUAUUUAUAAUAAAAAAAAAAAAAAAAAUGCUCAAUAUAUAAUCUUAGUAGAACUGAUAGCUGUAUACAUUAAAUAAAUUAUGCAAAGGAAAUAAAAAACAAAUUUAAUUUUUUCUCAAUAA